CAUGAAUGGUGUUGGUGAAAGUGAAUAGUGAUGCAAUAAGUAAAUAAGCCCCAAACACAACACACGAAGCAUUCAAUUCAAUUCGAUGCCAUCACGCCGGAAAUUCUGCAUCCAUCCGCUCACCGCGUAAUCCUCAUGGCUGACGUCACCAAUACCACCCGGGACACCGUCAUUGCCGCCGCUUCCGUCAUCUUCUCCGCCGAAUCCAGACCACAACCUCCCUCUCUUCCGAAAAAACGCUGGGGAAGCUGUUGGAGCUCAUAUUGGUGUUUUGGAUCUCAUAAAACCAGCAAGAGAAUUGGUCAUGCUGUCAAUGUUCCUGAACCUGUUGCAUCAUCAGGACAAGCUGCUCCUACUGCACCAAAUUCUUCAACUGCCGUAGUAAUGCCAUUUGCUGUGCCUCCCUCUUCUCCUGCAUCUGUUUUCCAAUCCAAUCCUUCAUCUGCUAUUCAGUCACCAGCUGGGCCGCUCUCACUCUCCUCUCUAUCUGCAAAUGCAUUUUCUUCUGGUGGACCUGCAUCUAUCUUUACCAUUGGUCCUUAUGCCUAUGAGACCCAGUUAGUCUCACCACCUGUGUUUUCUAACUUCACAACUGAACCAUCUACUGCUUCUUUUACUCCGCCUCCUGAAUCUGUGCAUCAGACAACACCAUCGUCCCCUGAGGUUCCAUUUGCUCAAUUGGUGGCAUCUUCUCUAGACCUGGCUCAUAAAAACAGUGGUAGAAAUCACAAGUUUGCAUUGUUCAACUAUGAUUAUCAUUCUUAUCAGCAAUAUCCUGGAAGCCCAGGUGGCCAACUCAUCUCACCUGGAUCAGUGAUUUCAACUUCUGGCAGCUCUACCCCUUUCCCUGAUAGACACCCAAUUCUCGAGUUCCAUAAAGAGGAAUCAUCAAAGUUCUUGAGUUCUGAACACUUCACAGGUCGUAAAUGGAGUUCGAGACUUGGAUCUGGAUCCUUGACACCAGAUGGUGCCGGGCAGAGUUCAAGACUAUGUUCAGGAUCUGCGACACCAGAUGUUGCAGGGCAUGGUUCAAGACUAGGUUCGGGAUCUUUGACACCAAAUGUUACAGGACAUGGUUCAAGACUAGAUUCACAGCUUGGCUCUGGGUGUUUGACACCUGAUCGGACGGGUUCAAAUUCAAGGUUGAGUUCUGGCUCUCUGACACCUGUUCAGCUAGCUUCACAGCAGAUUUCUGAGGCAUCAUCCCUUGCUAACUCAGGGAAUGGGUGCCAAACUAAUCCAGCAAUUGUUGAUCAUAGAGUUUCAUUUGAAUUUACUGGGGAAGAUGUUGCACGUUGUCUUGCAAAUAAAGCAGGAUCAUUGCUGCGAAACACAUCACAGUCUUCGCAAGGUAUAGUGGGUGAGCACCCUCUUGACAAAGAAAGGAUGCAAAUAGACUCCAAUACUUGUGCUUUAUGUUCAGGGAAACCUUCAGAUGAUCAGACAGUCAAUGCUCCGGGAGAAGGAGAGGAGCGUCGCUGUGAAAAGCAUAACUCCUCUAAUUCUUCCAAAGAGUUCAAUUUUGACAGCAGAAAAGGUGUUACUGAUGUUGUUGCCAGUGGCUCUGAUUGGUGGACUAACAAGAAGGUUGCUGGAAAGGAAGGUAGAUCAAGCAACAGUUGGGCUUUCUUUCCAAUGCUGCAGCCAGAAAACAACUGA